CUACAGCGGAACGACGAGUCAUUGUACAUGUUACGUCAUUGCGUCACCGACGCACGAUAUAUCAUGUCUGGGAUGUCUGCGCUGACCUGUAGUAGCUGGCAAGCUAGGGACCUGAGAGCACAUGCGUUCUGGAAAUUUUCCCUGACGAUCAAUUUAAAGGAAAAAUUCUAUCCCUUGCAAUGCAAUCACUGUAAUGUAUUCUUAUUUCUAUUAUUUCUGCUCUUAUGAAGCAUGAUUGGAAGUAAUUAAACUGAGUUCAGAUAAAUUAGCUUAAACUGCAUGGCGACGAAGUAUCCAAAAUUAGAGCCCAAUUUUUCCCUCUUUUGAAAUUCUAAUUCUGGAGAACGACGACUACGUUAACACUGUCUCCGGAAUUUAUUAGGAAAUUUUUUGAAUGCUCGAGGUUUUUUUUAAUGAACUAUAGCGGACAUGGUGUGUUCUACGGUUACAAGUUUGCGACGGAUUAUGAACGCAGCUGUUUUUACAGCCCUGGUGAUGAACCUAAUCAGCGGAAGCGAAUCUCAGGAGCUUACAAGAAACACAAAACGCACGGAAAACGUAAAAAUAAUCGCAGGUUCUCGGAAUCUCACAACAACUUCGUCAAGCAAUAACACUUUUGGGGCGUGCGGUGAAUCAGUGGUGUUGGCAAGAGGACAAUCCCGUCACUUUUCUUCUCCCAACUACCCUGAGAGGUAUCCGGACAACGCACGCUGCUACUGGCUAUUCGAAGUUCGGGACGCAUUCACCACCCUUGCCCUCCAGUGCAGUCAGUUUCAGCUCGCGCCGGUGCUGCUCUGCAACAAAUUCCAGGACUUCUUGCUGGUCGAGGAACCCGCAACUGGAAAGGCUGCAUGGUACUGCGGGGGCGUGGGCCCCCACAACUCGUUGAGUUCGACGCUGCAGGUGACGUUCUGGAGCAACGACCACGACUCACGUGCGGGCUUCUUCUGUCAUGUGUCUGCUGAUGCUGGUGAUGACCGUCCUGUCGAUGGUGGUGUUCAUGUUGGUGGUGCUUCUGCUGGUGUGGCUGCUGGAGUUGCAAUAGCAGGCACGGCUUCCCAGCACAGGCCUCCGCCAAGCUCUAGCUUAGUUGGUGAAGGCAGCGGUAAUCGUUGCAAAUGUGGACUUCGGAACAAUCCGGCCACCAUCCCGAAUGUAUUAGGUUUUGAGACUCUCGUAGAACCUCACUCGCCCCGCUUAGACGUUGACGAUCUCGACGAUGACCAAAAUCAACACUCAGAAAAAGGCAAUCAGGCACGUAGCCUUGCAGACAGUUCGGAAGAAUCAGCAUUGGUUUCUCGGUUUAAAACAAAUGAAAUCCCAGGCAUUGACCAUGAAAAUACGCUCAAGCCCAAUAUUGAGUCUACUCCAUUGCCCGGGAGUUCAUCAGUACUCUUAGAACAAACAGCCCUUGAAACCGACUUCAGCUUCUCAGAGUUACUCAAACCAAGUUCCACAACUUUCUCCAACGUAUCUCACAUCGAACAUCGAGGAUCGGAAGAUGCUAGGCAAGUGUCAUCAUCUUACCCGAUGUCUAAGAUCGUCAGAGGUUCUGUCAUCGCACCUCAUGAAUUUCCAUGGUUGGUGCUGCUCGAGUAUCCUCACCUGUCGGGUGUGCACUGCGCCGGUUCCCUCAUCAGCAGUAGAUAUGUGCUUACUGCAGCACAUUGCACGCAGUACUUCAACGGGCUGAUGACCGUAGUGCUGGGUGAACACGACCGCAACACCCGCAGCGACACCCCACGUUACAGUAUAUCGAAUGACAUUAAUACCUAUGAAGUGAGACCGUCUACAUCGCUGGGUGAUUAA